AUGCAGGCCUCCUCACUCCGGCGAGGUCUCCAUCCGCGGCGACCGGGAGCCGCCCAGCUCUUCCCCUUUCCCGUAGGCACCAGGCCCCGUGCCUUCUCCGCGUCCGCCGCGGCAGCGCGCUCUCCCAAAGACGCUCGUAAUGCGCCGCCGCCGAUUAUACCGACGCGGCCGUGGGGGGAGGCGCUCGCGGCCGCGCAGCGCGCCUUCUGCCUGCCGCUCGCGGGGCGCGUCCUCGCCGCCUCGGCGACCGGGAACGCGGCCGUGUCCCCCGUCGCGGUCCACGCCUCCCUCGCCCUGGCCGCCGCCGGCGCGCGCGGCGACACGCGGCGGCAGGUCCUCCAGGUGCUGGGCGGCGGCGGCGGGGGCAGGGGUGCCGCGGCUGACGCGGCCAACGUGGCGUCGCGCGUGGUCAAGCGGGUGCUCAAGGACCGGUCCACGUCCGGCGGGCCGCGGCUGGCCUUCGCAGGAGGAAUAUGGGCCGACACCUCGACGAGCCUAUUACCGGGGUUCAUGGAGGCCGCCCGUAGUGUGUACAGCUCCACGGCGAGGACGGCUGACUUCAUGAACAAGCCCGAAGAUGCUGCUAAGCAAAUUAACAUGUGGGUCAAAGAAUCCACAAAAGGUACUGUUACCUCGCUCCUUCCGGAUGGAUUCAUUGACCAGAAUACAGGACUUGUUAUUGGCAGUGCACUGUAUUUUAGGGGAAGAUGGCUUAAUCAGACUGAUAUUAGGAGUACUGCAGUGCAAAAAUUCUGCUGUCUGGAUGGAACUUGUGUUGAGGUCCCUUUUGUAGAAUAUGAUAGAACUCGACCUUUUGCAGUUCAUGAUGGAUUUAAAGUGAUUAAGCUUCCUUAUCAUCAAGGAAAGAAUGAACGGAAGUUCUCCAUGUACAUCUUCCUACCUGAUGCUCAUGAUGGCUUGUUUGAAUUAACUAAGAAAAUUUUUGCGGAACCAUCAUUCUUAGAACAACAUUUGCCAACUGAGAAGCGACAUGUGGAUAUCAGGGUUCCCAAGUUCACAGUAUCGUUCCAGGUCGAUAUGAAGGAGUUUCUCAAAGAAAUGGGCCUUGAAUUACCCUUCCUCCGUGAUGCAGAUUUCACUGAUAUGGUCAAGGAAGAUGAAUCCAGAAGUCCAUUGUAUCUAUCUGACAUACUUCAUAAAGCAAUUUUGGAGGUUAAUGAUAAAGGGAUUGAAGAAACUUCUGUUACAAUGGGCAUAGGAAAGCCCUCACCAGGAGAGCACUUUGUUGCCGACCACCCUUUCUUCUUUGUCAUUAAAGAAGAGGUGUCUGGCUCAGUAAUCUUCAUGGGGCAUAUAUUGGACCCUUCAUCACAAUCUUAA